CAGAGGAGAAGAAAGGAGACGACGAGGAAACAAAAACAAAAACAAAGCAACCCUCGUUCUCUUCCGCUUUUCUCUCUUCAUAUCUUUUUGUCUUUAUUUCUACGUUUUCUAAUUAUUUUUUUCUUAUAUACAUUUUAAUAAAUCGUAAAAAAAUGGGUUCGAGUAAACUUAAACGAGCCAUAGGAGCCGUGAAGGACCAAACCAGCGUCGGUCUAGCCAAAGUCAACGGUCGUAGCGCUUCUCUAUCAGAGCUUGACGUAGCCAUCGUCAAAGCGACUCGUCACGAAGAGUACCCCGCGGAAGAAAAAUACAUAAGAGAGAUUCUUAGCCUAACUUCUUACUCACGCAACUACAUCAACGCAUGCAUCAACACGCUUUCUAGACGCCUCAACAAAACCAAAUGCUGGACCGUUGCUCUCAAAACCUUGAUCUUGAUCCAACGUCUCUUAGCAGAAGGAGACAAGGCUUAUGAGCAGGAGAUCUUCUUCGCUACUCGACGUGGGACAAGACUUCUCAACAUGUCUGACUUUAGAGAUGUUUCUAGGUCAAACUCGUGGGACUAUUCUGCUUUUGUAAGGACCUACGCGUUGUACCUAGAUGAAAGGCUUGAUUUUAGGAUGCAAACGAGGCACGGGAAACGUGGAGUUUACUGCGUUGGAGGAGGAGAUGCGGUGGAAGAUGAGAAAGAUAAGCCUGAAGCUGAUCUCUCCACGGCUAUAGUGGUUAGGUCACAACCCAUCGCAGAGAUGAAAACAGAGAAGAUUUUCACCAGAGUACAGCAUUUACAGCAACUUCUUGACCGUUUCUUGGCUUGUCGUCCAACAGCAGGUGGCGCGAGGAACAACAGAGUUGUGAUUGUGGCUCUGUAUCCUAUAGUGAAGGAGAGCUUCCAGAUAUAUUACGAUGUAACUGAGAUGAUGGGGAUUCUGAUCGAACGGUUCAUGGAGUUAGACAUACCUGAUUCGAUCAAGGUCUAUGACAUUUUCUGUCGGGUCUCAAAACAGUUUGAAGAGCUAGAUCAGUUCUAUUCCUGGUGUAAGAACAUGGGGAUCGCUAGGUCUUCCGAGUAUCCAGAGAUAGAGAAGAUCACACAGAAGAAGCUUGAUCUCAUGGAUGAGUUUAUAAAAGACAAAUCCACUUUAGACCAGACCAAGGAAUCACAAUCUGUUGAAGAGGAUGAUGAUGAGAGAGCAGAGGAGGAAGAAGAUAUGAAUGCUAUCAAGGCCUUACCUGCACCUCCACCAAAAGAAGAGGAAGAGGAAGAAGAACAACCCGAGGAGGAAGUGAUAAUAGAGAAGAAGCAAGAAGAAGUUGGUGAUUUGCUGGAUCUUGUGGAUAUAAACGGUGGUGAAGCUUUAGAAGCUGGAGAUAGCUUAGCAUUGGCUUUAUUCGAUGGCCCUUACGCGAGCGGUUCUGGCUCAGAGACCGGUCCUGGAUGGGAAGCGUUUAAUGAUGAUGGAGCAGAUUGGGAGACAGCUUUGGUGCAAACAGCUACAAAAUUAUCAGGACAAAAGACGGAACUCGGAGGAGGCUUUGAUAUGUUGCUUCUCAACGGAAUGUAUCAGCAUGGCACUGUGAACGCUGCUGUGCAAACCUCCACGGCUUAUGGAGCUAGCGGAAGUGCAAGCAGUAUGGCAUUUGGUUCUGCAGGAAGACCAGCAGCAACCAUGCUGGCACUUCCAGCACCAGCAACGGCUAAUGGCACUGUACCAAUGGAUCCAUUUGCAGCGUCCUUGGAGGUUGCGCCGCCAGCGUAUGUGCAGAUGAAUGAUAUGGAGAAGAAACAGAGAAUGUUGAUGGAAGAGCAGAUGAUGUGGGAUCAAUACUCAAGAGAAGGAAGACAAGGACACAUGAAUUUAAGGCAAAACCAAAACAAACCUAGUUACUCCUACACACCUCAAUAUUGAUUCUGCAUCAUGGAAGGAGUUCUUUAGUUGUGUCAGCUUUUUUUUUUGGGGUUUAUUCUUUUUGCAAAUUCAAACAUUUCUUCUGUUCUUGGGUCAGAUUCAUUGGGGAGGGGGGCAUAUAAGAGGUUUGCUUCUGUAAUUGUAAUCUCUGAUGUAACUUUACAAGAUAAACUUAAAUACUGUAUUUAAUAUGACUUGAAGGCAUCAACAAC